CUGACCUAUCAAGAAAAUUUGGAAGCACAGUUGGUCGGUUCUCUUACGUGUGCUGUCAAUCGAAAGAAGCACAGAGGGAACAGUACAAAGAUUCCAAUCACAAGAGAUGAAUACGUUACGAUUGCAAAGACACCUGAAGAACUGCGGCAAGAAAUCAAAAUAAACUCGCACCUUACCAUUGUAGACUUAAAAAACCAUCUGCAAAAUAAAGGGUUUGAUAUCUCGAAGUAUUCACCCAAACGCAUUUAUUAUUGGAAGUUCAUGGCAGGUCGGGAAUUAUUUCAACGUGAUGAUAAUUAUGUUGAAUCUGCGUGCAAACUGCUUA